GUAUAAAGUGCUGACUUGGAGAAAAAGAAAAAGAAAAAAAAGCCGGGCUAGCUAAUGGAGCAAUUUCUAAUGUGCUAGCACGGGUGCUAAUGCCUGAUACGGCUAACGUUAUAGCUAGCGUGCGGUAUGCAAUUGAGUUAGAAAAUACUAACCGGCUGUGUUUCACUAGAGUCCAGGGAAGACCUAUCUGCUCUCAUCGAGGUGUUAGAUUCCACUAAAGUUAAUAUAGAAGGAGUUCUGUGAGUUAAAGCUUUUGGAUCGUGCUCUUUGACUGCAUUGCAGAGGUUCAGGGACAGAAAACCACAACUACUCUGGUGAUUUGCUCCACUAUGUCAGUUUGCUGGUAAUCUAAUGCUGUGAAGAUCCUGAGCAGCCUGUCCUGAAUGGCUGUGUGCAGAGGGGGUGUCUCGUUUUGGGUAGGUUGCAUCAGGAGUCACGGCUGCCAGCCGCUGAUAAAGAAGCAGAACUGGAACGUAUGGCAGGUGGUGUUAAAUGCCCCUUGUCGAUCUCUGAGCAGUGGAUCAUGGGUCUUGGCUCCUCCAAACAGCCUACAUUAUCAAUCCGUCCAGAAACUGUCCCCGCCUAACCCAUUCCAUCAUGUGUCCCAGCCAAGAGAACAAACUCCAGAAGAAGACUGGGAGGAGACACUUGGCAUGUGCGUCCUGCUCAAACCCAGGGAAGCAGUUGAUCAGCAUACGCUGGUGGAGGUUCCCCUGUUCGGACAAAUCAAGCUGAGUGAGCUCCUGGCGUUAGGAGCCAACCGGCCCAUUGACUUUUCUUUCCCUUUAACCACAGUUGAUGGAAGAAGAGAAGAUGAUAUUAGCGUUACUGCAAAGUCAAGGACUGAGCAAAACCCGGAUCUGGAGCAGAGUUCAUUUCGGAGUUUGUUCCAAGCUGAAGGAUGCCCCGCGCCUUUCAUGUUGGGAUCAUGCUUUUAUUGCUUCCACUGUCCUGGAACAGCACCUGUAGCUGAGGCUGGAGAUAAGCUGAGAAUUGGACAUGUCUUCUUUCCACGUUCUUUUAGCGCUCUCAGCAGUGAUACAGAGACAGUAAGCAUGGACAGAGGGUCGAGUGAGAAGGACAAUGAGAAUGAGGAGAAACUGGCACUGAUGUAUGAAAAGCUUAGGAUUGAGCUCCCCAGGUUUUUUCUGAAGAAUCAUGACUACAGCAUGUAUUCAAACAACAUGGAAUUCAUCAAUGACCUCCUCAACAUGAAAACCAGAGGCCGUGUAGCGUAUCAGCUGACCCUGGCGCUGUGGCGACUCAUGUGCCUGUGCUAUUAUGCGGACGCGCGGCUGGAAGUGCUGAAGCUGACCAAGCACCCAGAAGAUGGCUCCAUCAAAGCACGCUGGAGGGUCAAGGGUUUGCCUUUUCACACUCUUCUCCUUCGCUUCUACAAGAAAGAUAAAAGCCAGUUUUACAGAACUUUCGAUGCAUUCUCUACCUUCUAUCUGGGCUCGGACGGACUCAUACAUUGUCAUAAAGUUGAAAAGGUUAUGCAGGCUCAACCACCUGUGCUGCCCAAAGUGACAUCACUGCUAGCGGGCGCUCUGGUGGCUCUGGGGCUCCAAGAAGACCGGCCGGCUCUUAAUCUUCUCCCAAUGUUCCUCUCCUCCUUCAGACAGGCUCAGGAUUAAAGAGAAAGACAUGGCACUGCACAUAGACGUGUGUGUGUGUGUGUGUGGGGGUAAAGAGAGAAAUGUUUAUGUCGACGAUGAGAAGGACUAGUUCCCAUUCUCGUAGAGAAGAACGAUAGAUUCGGAGAAGUGCGAUGGUCCUAAUGACGGAUGAGAACAGCGGUAUCAAAACAGGAGAUGAAAACAGUCCUACUUGUCCAUUCGCUCUCUUAACUGUUGAAUAUUAAGUGAUACUGUACCAUAUGGCAUCCUAAAGUAAGCUGAUGCAGGAUUCGCUACACCAUUUUACUUCCAUCGUGUUUUACUGUGCUGCUACCACGAAGAAAGGAACAUGUAUAUGGUAGAAUAGAUCUGUAGCAAAUCCCUCAAACAUAUCACCUUAACAGAAGCAGUGACCAUAAAAAAACAAAACAACUAAAGCCUAAGCCACUUCAUUACAUACUGUUUACCUGUCUUAAACACAGUCCUGUGGAGAUUUCUAGCAGGAAUAUGUUCAGAGUAUUGCAUUUCAAGUGCAGACCAAUUGCUUUGAGCUGAAAGGGGGUUCUAUAUCAAACUGUUGUGUCAAUGCAAUGUCUUUUUUUUUUGCACUUGCCUAUCAGAUUACAAAAAACUAGUCUGGUUGUUGGUUGAGGAGCAGAUGGAGGAGCGAUUAUCCUCAGUGACCUCAUGACGUAUUCCACAGUGUGAGAGUUUUGUUUUGAUGCACAAUUAAAACAAGUCAGCACAGAUAUGCUUGCUUAGGGCAGGUACAUGUCUCUUAGUACACAUAAUUGCUCCUAGUUGCCUGUUCUACAUAAGCUGAUUGUCACAGAGCAUAAAGCGCAGACCGGUGUAAGGGUUCGGGUACAAUCAUUUAGGAACAACAUUUGGUGAACGUUGAAUUCUUAAGGAGUCUUCAGUGUCGGUGCUUUGAAACGGUCAGUUUCCACGAUGGGAAAGUCUUCAGAACAGAAGAUGCUGCAGUGUUCUAGUUAAAUACAACUAUUAAUGGAUAAAAGGCUCUUUAAUUGAUAAUUAAUGUAAUAAUUGCUGCGGAUGUUAAGGAUGUAUAACCGUAAUGUUCCUUUCCAUCAGACCUCAUCAAACUAUCUGGUCGUUGAUUUAGUUUCCUAUAACAGCAGGUCAAAGCGUUUUAUUACUUUAGUUUCAUAUAUUUGCUGACUGAGUAAUGUUGACCUCAUCCUAGACUACAGUUAGUCCCUCAGUGUGGUUCUUUGAAGCCUUUUGACCAAUUCUCUUACAUUAGCAUAGUUGUCAAAGCUUACUAGAUUUUCCUGGAUAAUAUCUAUUCGUAAGAACUCACUGCAUCUUCUUAUGUCUGAACGGCUGGCUGGACAUCUGUGGUAUGAGGAGACAGCAAUGCCACUGGAGACUCCUUUUGAGUAACUAUAUACCUACAAAGUGCAUCUGUAUGUUAGGUUAGCAUGAUAAAAUGGCAGUGAGGUAAACUCUUGGAAGAGACACAAACCCCUUUGCACUCAUGCGUUGCUUGUAAACUGCUCUUUUAGUGAUACAACAGAAAAUCAGUGACGGGAAAAGGGCGAGUCCAUAGUUAUGAAUGAAACACAGCCAUGGCCUUUAUACUGUAUCUGUUCUUGCUUUUCUAUAUCCUAAUCAAUACAACAUGAGCCGACUGAUUCCAGAUCAUUUCCAAACCGGGUCCAGAAUUACAGAUCGGACAAAAGUUUGUGGACACCUGAUCGCCACACCCAUGUGCUUGUGAACAUCUAAUUCCAGACAUUAUUCCCUUUUUACCGUUAUUACAAUCUCCACAAUUCUGGGAAGGCUUUUUCGACUAGAUGUUUUAGAGUAGCUGUGGUGAUCAUUCAGCUACGAGAGCGUUAGUCAGAUCAGUUCACUCAAACCUUUGGCCAUAUAUUGUAGCUCAUAACAACUCCAUAACAAAGGUGAUGAGGAAAAGUGUAAGAUUUUUCUCCUGUAUAAUAUUCAGUGUUAUAUCCAGAGCACCAAGUUUGUUUAUUUUCACAAUAAGCGCAGAUUCAAUUUCCGGAAAAAAACAAAACAAAACCCCUAUGUCCUGCUGGCACUUUAAAAUAAAUUUAGCUUGAUGAAGAAUUGUGCAGACAAGUUAACCAAUAAUCCCACGAAAAUCAACAGGAAUAUUGAAUCCGUUGUCUGAUGCUGUAAUGCUUAUUUAUUUUCUUCAUGUUAUGAUUUGUCAGUAACUCAAAUUCUGGUAUGGAAACGUGGAUAAUAAAGUGAACAGGCGGCUGUUUUAACAUCUGA